AUGGACACCAUCCUGGGAAUCCUAAACGUCCAAAAGCUACACACAACCAGCAAGCACCAAGAGAAUAAGGACAAACCACCAGAGACACGGCGGAGAGGAACCAUCAACAGCAUCCUUCUGGCCAUGUCCACCGUGUUCCCAGUGUUUGUAUUCUUCACACACAGGGAAGACGGCUUCGAUGGAAACAUCCUUCUCAGGUUCACUACACUAGUCUUCCCCUUCUCAUAUUCCGCGGCACAGCACUUUCUUCUGCUCUCCAGCAACUGGGGAUCAAGCUGCAGGUCAUCCUCCGGACUGUACCGAGCACUCUGUCUCGCCCUCAAUGCUCUCCUUGCUGUGUUUUUUGUCAUUUCCAUCUGUUCACUCAUUCUGUUUACUGCUGACGAGUGGGACGACAAUGAGGCCCUAACCAUCUGCUCCAUGCUCUUCCCCUCCUUGCUCCUGUCGUCCACCUGUCUUCUGUCCAUCUCCUGCAACUUCGCCACAUUCCAGUUCGUCGAUUCCGGGCCUGACAUCCCCAUCGACUUGCUGAUAUUCCUGUGCCUUGUAAUACUGCAUAAGACUUCUCCACUAGAAGAUUACGAAUACCUCCCCUACUUUGCCAUUCCUUCCUUUAUCCUCGUUCUUGUAAGGUCGUUCAAGGAGCGCCUCCUCCCAAGAAAGAGCUCCCCACCCGCUGCUGCAUGGAGAGUAGCUGUCUUUCUUCUCAUCCUCGUCCUUACUAUAUCCGUGUAUGUAUUCAUAUCACGAGUGUGCUGGGCCGUCAUCGAAAGCAAGUGGGAAGCCCUAACCAGCGACUAG